GCGCCCUAGCUGGGUGUAGUUUCUUUUCCUUAACUAUGUCCGGUCGUGGCAAGCAAGGCGGCAAGGCCCGCGCCAAGGCCAAGUCGCGGUCGUCGCGCGCCGGGCUGCAGUUCCCGGUGGGCCGGGUGCACCGGCUGCUGCGCAAGGGCAACUACGCCGAGCGCGUGGGCGCCGGCGCGCCCGUCUACAUGGCGGCCGUGCUCGAGUACCUGACGGCCGAGAUCCUGGAGCUGGCGGGCAACGCGGCGCGCGACAACAAGAAGACGCGCAUCAUCCCGCGCCACCUGCAGCUGGCCAUCCGCAACGACGAGGAGCUCAACAAGCUGCUGGGCAAGGUGACGAUCGCGCAGGGCGGCGUGCUGCCCAACAUCCAGGCCGUGCUGCUGCCCAAGAAAACCGAAAGCCACAAAGCCAAAAGCAAAUAAACUUGACGACCUGAA